AUGGAAACACUGGAAGCUGAAAGAAAAGAAGAUCGUAUCUAUAUAAACCAGCUGGAGGAUAGAGUGGAAAAUCUGGAGCGAAUGGCAAAUCAUUCUAAAAUUGAAAUUAGAAAUAUACCCAAAGCACCAGGCGAAACAAAAGAAGAUCUCUGUAAAAUUGUCACCGAGACAGCAGCUGUUCUUGAAAUCCCUCUGCAAAAACCCGAUAUAAAAGACGCUUUCCGUGUCAACAAAAAAGAGGGGAUAUCAACAAUUGUCGUUGACUUCGCAAAUACUAGGACAAAAGACGACGUAGUCAAACGCAUAAGGCAGUUCAAUAAGAAAAACAAGGAAAACAAACUCAACACAGCUCAUAUUAAAAUGUCUGGCCCAGCAAAACCGAUAUAUAUAGUAGAAUCCCUAACACUAAGAGCUCAGCGCCUAUUUUACUUAGCCCGGAAUUUUGCCAAAGACAAUGCCUACAAGUUCUGCUGGACCUCAUAUGGGAGAGUCUUUCUAAAGAAAGGUGAAGGGGACAAACAAAUUCUAAUCAAGGAUGAAGCCGACAUCAAUAACCUCCGCAAAUGA